AUGUCUGACCCGCCUCCUCCACCCCCACCCCCACCCCCACCUGUUUCUAAAAUCCAAUUACCUCCCAAACCCCCCACUACUGUUAUGAUCAGUAGUAGUAAUGCUUCUGCAGCAGGCGGCGGCGGCUCUCCCAGCAGCCGCCGUAGUCCGGGGAGACAUCCCACGUUUCGUGGGAUACGGAGCCGUAGCGGGAAAUGGGUGUCUGAGAUCCGUGAGCCGCGUAAAAGCAAACGUAUCUGGCUCGGCACAUACCCCACCCCAGAGAUGGCUGCGGCCGCAUAUGACGUGGCUGCCUUGUCAUUAAAAGGGAAUGAUGCGGUUUUGAACUUCCCUGAUUUCGUUGGGUCUUACCAAGUGCCGGCUUUGCCUGAGCCGGCUAUGAUCAGGAGCGCCGCAGGAGCUGCAGCAGAGCUGAUAAUGCUGAAAUCUUCUUCUUCUAAUGUACUUGGUCAUCAUCAUAGUAGCAGCAGCAGAAGGGAUGAUGAUGUGUUAGAGUCGCCCCACCCUGCAGCCCCUGCUAAUAAUGAUGAGCAGCCGGCGGCGGUGGACGGCGGGAAUAAUGAUGAAGAGGUCUUUAUGGAUGUUGAUACACUAUUCGAUAUGCCGAAUUUGUUAGCGGAUAUGGCGGAAGGAAUGCUGAUGAGCCCCCCUCCCCAGCAUAGUAGUCCCCCAGGGGACCAUGAUGAUUCUUCCGACUGUGAUCAUUUGUGGAGCUACUAGCUGCUGGACCAAUCUCUUCCAUCCAUCUAUCGGUAACAAUUUUGGAAAUGCAUGCAGCUACCUAGCUAGCUAGCAUGAUCACCAAUUAAUUAAUAGAGACAUCAUGGGAUUUUUAUACAGAAAUUAUAUCAUGAUUGGAAUUGAUGAUGGUAUAUAGCUACUAUACAUGACCCUUACUUUUAUACAUAUACAUAUAUAGCUAGCUAGGAUAUACAUAUACGAAUGUUGUUGUCUUUCAAAGUUUUUAUACUGA